AUGGCCUUAAAUCCAACUUUAAUCCAAGGAAAUGAAUAUUUGUUUCCUGCUAAUAAAGGAUCAGAAUUUACUUAUUUAAGAAGAAAUGAUGUUAAAUUAAAAUUAUAUUUACCAGAUAGAACAAUAAAAGAAGAUGGUAUGAUAUUUUUAACAAGUACACGUUUAGUGUUUGUUAAAAGCGAGCAAAGUAAAACUAAUUCUAACUUUGCAGGAGUAGAGUUACCAUUAAACUUAAUUGAAAAACCUAAAUUUGAACAACCAGUUUUUGGUUUAAAUUAUCUUUCAGGAAUGAUAAAGCCAUUAAUUGAUCACCCAAAUAGUUUAAAAAGCAUUUGCAAAUGGAACAUUACUUUUUUAAAUGGCCAAUGUAGUAGUUUUCUUAAUUAUUUUUUUAAAGUAUAUGAAGAAUCAAAAAAAAACAAACCACUGGGAACUUUAAGUGAAUUUAAUGAGCAAUUCUUUUCAAAUAGUAAUGCCUAUGUUGAUCCUAAUGACCCAACCUUUCUUUAUAUAAAUGAGCCACUACCAGAAAAUCUUUACAAACCUCAAAAUUUAUCGCAAAAUCAUUAUAUUCCAAUUAAUAAUGGAAAUAAUAAUCCAGUCAUACAACAAUUAAGUAACCAAAAUGAAGAUAUUCCAGUUUAUAAAAGACCUUAUAUACCGCAAAAUAAUCAAUUGAAUAAUAUGAUUCCAUAUAAUCAACAACAUUAUAUAACUAGUUGUGACCCAACGGAUAAUAGAUCCCCAUAUAAUCAACAAACUUAUUUACCCAAUAAUUAUAAUCAUCCAAAUAAUAUGCAUAUUUUUAGUCAGCAAAAUACAAAUAUGCCUAAUUAUGAUCAUCAAAAUAAUAAUUUAACUCAUUAUAAUCAACAAGAAAAUAGAAUGAUCUAUAAUCCUCAGGAUAAUAUUCCCCUCUAUAAUCAACAAAAUGGUUUAAUGAAUUAUGAUCAUAUGAAUAAUAGAAAUAUGCAAAAUCAACAGAAUAAUAUACACAAUGCAGCUUACAAUCAACAAAAUAAUAGAACUCAAUUUAAUCAAAGGAUAAACCAUCUUCAUAAUCAGCCAAAUAAUCAACAGUAUAACCCUGCUUAUAAUCAACAAUUUAACAAUGCAUAUAACCAACCUUGUAACAUACCACCAUAUAAUCAACCAUACAAUCAACAAUUAAAUGGAUAA